CACGUCGUUCACGUCUCUCGAUGACGGUUCGAAUGUCGUGAACUAUCUUCUGGACAAGAUCCCACCACCUCGGACGUAGGUAUCUAACUUCCAUGAGUAAUAUCGCCCCAACUCCUUAUGGAGAAGGGGACCACAAUCUAAGUCUAUCCGUCUUCUGUCCGAGGACCGAAACGAAAGCGGAGUCUUAUCUACCUUGUGUGCAGAUAGAAUCUCUGCCUACUCCCAACUUCUACCUCAUAUGUCCUUCGGUCUCUGAGUGGAACCCGGCCGCGGUGAGUCGAGCUGUGUCGAGCUGUGUCGAGAGAUCCGGGGCCCUUACCCAACAAGGCAUGGUGGCAUGGCCUCGACGCUCUCCCGUACUCGGAGUAUGGAGACCUGAGGGGCGCCCACUUACCUCCCGGAGCUUCCUGAAUACGAAUGGAGACGCUUCUCUCGCGAAUUCCGUGGUGUUUGGCCCCGUCUCAACCUCCAUCAGGAAUCAGUCAGCGGCGUAUCUGGCCCAAGCUCGCUGGCCCUGGCCAGCAACCUCACACGCCUCACGUUUGAGGAUCUACACCAUCCUAGCGUCGUUCUCAAAUCUUUUGCAGAAUGACAUGGGAUGGCCCUUGUUAUUCCCAGGAACGCUCCCGCCGCUAAACCUUGUCCGACAUCAUCGACGCCGAGCCCCAAACAACCGUGGAGACUCCUUAGCCUUACUCCUGAAGAGAGCCUCCUCGCUUCCCCACAACCAUGAUUUUCAAAGAUCUACCAAUCGGGUUCGAGAUCACCAAUAGCUUGUUCCUGCAUAAUCCAUUCUGGCCGUCUUUGCCGGAGGGAAACUGGACUCGGUCUAACUCCCUGGCGCGUGGCGUUUCUCUCUCGCCCGGUCAUCGCUCAGGACCCGCAAACCCCUUCGCAACGGUCACAAACCAAUCGCAUCUUUCGAAAGCUCGCCUUUGCUGGUGCACACAGCCUGCGUCGUCCAGUCGUCAGAUCAAUGCUUCAACUGAUCUUUCGUGAGAAGUCAGCGGCAAGAUGCUUCACUCAGGAGAACGCAACGGCCGCAAUCCCUGG